GGUAUCCUGUAAAGGAGUUGUAUAACAACCUCAUUUCAGAGUCUGUGGAACCUGAGGAGAAGAGUCAUUUGCUCAAGGUCCAGGGACAUGGAGCCCGAAGACAUCCCGUCCCCCACCUGAGGCCGCUGAGCUAAGGAUUUAAACCCAGACCGCCUGGCUUCCCUACCCUCACCUAGUAAUCCUACCAGUUUUCAUACCAUGCGGUACUUCAGUCUCUCGCCAUGAAGAGGAAGAAGGACUCAGAGGUGAAGAGUAAAACCCCAGUUAAUAAAGCCACACCUUCACCGAAUCCUGAUCAGACACCAAACCAGCUCUCUGAAAAGAAGCGAAGAGUUCCAACCACAUUGCUGCCAACCUGGUACAAGGAACCAGUGAUCUUCAAAGAUGUAGCUGUGUACUUCAGCCAGAAAGAGUGGCAGCUACUGGAGCCUGCUCAGAAGGACCUGUACAAGGAUGUGAUGCUGGAGAACUACGGGAACCUGAUCUCUGUGGAGUAUUACAUUUUCAAACCACGGUUGAUCACCAGGUUGGAGCAAGGUGUUGACCUUUUUGCCAAAGAGAACGAUGUUCCCAGAGAACGCCAGCAAGGUGAGGCAGGAGUCAGCAGGAGUGGCAGCUCUGCAGGGAAGAAGACAGUGAAUAAUUCAAAGACAGAAAUCCCAAAGCCACACACUUCUAAGACAAAGUCACGGGAGAAGCUGAAGAAAGCAGAUCGAGGGGGUGGUUCCAACAGUUUGAGGGCAAAAAAGCCUUCCAAACGUGAUGACAGGCCAUCUCAGAACAAGGAGAAGCCAUUUCAGAACAAGGAGAAGCCAUCUCAGAAUAAGGAGAAGCCAUCUCAGAACAAGGAGAAGCUAUCUCAGAACAAGGAGAAGCUAUCUCAGAACAAGGAGAAGCCAUGUCAGAACAGGGAGAAGCCAUGUCAGAACAGGGAGAAGCCAUGUCAGAACAGGGAGAAGCCAUCUCAGAACAAGGAGAAGCCAUCUCAGAACAAGGAGAAAUGUGGUUCAUCUUUGACAAGAGAAGCAGGCAAAACAGUCACUCCUGGCAAUAGAGAGCGUGAAUCUGUGACCCCCGGAACAUCUUCAGGCCAAACAUCAGCAACUACAACACUAAGGAGCACCCUUCAAGAAAAGUCGGCUUUGGGGAAAGACUCUCAUGGAAAAACACAGAAUGCCAGCAGCUCCACACAGUCCAAGCGUAAGCCUGCCCGACAAGGUAAGAACCACUUUAAAUGUAAGGAAUGUGGGAAGACCUUCAACCAGACCCUCCACCUUGUGGAGCACGAGAGAAUUCACACAGGAGAGAAACCCCACAAGUGUGACACCUGCGGUAAGUCCUUCAGGCACCUCUCAUACUUCCUUACACACUACCGAAUUCACACGGGGGUGAGACCUUAUAAGUGUAAGGAGUGUGGCAAAGCUUUCAACAGCAGCUCCACUCUCAACAAUCACCGCAGGAUCCACUCGGGAGAGAAACCCUUCAAAUGUGACGAGUGCGGGAAAACCUUCAAGCAGAACACGAAGCUCACUCGUCACCAACGGACCCACACGGGGGAGAGACCCUACAAGUGUGGUGAGUGUGACAAGUGCUUUGGCCGCAGCUCAUCCCUGAGGGAGCACAAGAGGAUCCACACGGGAGAGAAGCCAUACCGCUGUCAGGUGUGCGGGAAAAGUUUCAGGGUCAACUCACACCUUUCGGAGCAUCAGCGUCUCCAUCUGAAGGUGAAGCCCUUCAGGUGUGAUAAGUGUGGCAGGCACUUCCGAAACAGCACUUACUUAUCGGAACACAAGCAGACCCAUGUGCCCGGGGCCCGAGUGGACUGCCUGGAAUGUGGGAAAGUCUUCGCUUGCAAGGUAGCCCUUCUCAAGCACCAGAAAAGACAUGAAGCGAACUCCAGAUAUCGGUGCAAGGGAUGUGGAAAGACUUUUAGGUGUAAGUCGAGCAUCCACCGCCAUGAGAGGCUUCAUGCUGGUGAGAAGCCUUUUGUGUGCAUCAAGUGUGACAAAGGUUUCACUGAUAAAACCACAUUGAAUAAUCACUUGAAAAUCCACUCUGGAGAUAGGCCAGAUCCAUGUGCCCAGUGUGGGAGAGCCUUUAAAAAACUGGCUACCCUGCUGCUUCACCAGAAAAAGCAUGUUAAAAAUAAACCCACCGACAAUGUAUAAAAGACCUUUGCCAGAGCUCCCCUCUCUGGGUCUUUGGAACAGAGUCGAAAUGAGAGAAACUAUGUACAGGAACAGUUUCUUCAUUUCUUAGUAGUUGUUUUCUUGUAAGCCAGUAGCUGUCCACAAAAGACUGAUUUUAAGCCGGGCGGCGGUGGCGCACGCCUGUAAUCCCAGCACUCGGGAGG